UCGAGACAGCUAGGGUGGGUAAAGUUAGGUUAGAGAGUGUGUGUGGGCACGCAUUAUUGUAACGCAUGAAAGCCGUUCCCCAUAGUCCUUUACGCAGGCUUGCACGUCGACCAAUAUAGAGACCACAACGAUGACCGACUGCGUUAACGUUAGAGAUAGAGGUAGAGGUGUAGGAGCCAAGAGAGGUGUAGGAGCCAAGAGAGAGCACGGGCGGAAGAGAGGAGCCGGGGGCAGAGGGGGAGCGUGGGCAGAGGGGAGGAACGGAGAGCGGAGGGCAGAGGGUAAGGGGCGCAGGGCAGAGGAGGGAGCGCUUGCGCUGGUGCAGAGGGGAGCGCUGACACCUGUCUCUUAUACACAUCUAGAUGUGUAUAAGAGACAGGGGCAGGAGCGGAGGGGGGAGGGGGGAGGGGAGAGCGCAGGCGGAGGGCGAAGGGCGGAGGGCAGAGGGGGGAGCGUGGAGUGGAGCAGAGGGGGGAAUGCGGGUGAAGGGCAGAGAGGGGAGCGUAGGCGGAGGGCGGAGGGCAGAGGGCAGGAGCGGAGGGGGGACGGGGGAGUGCAGGCGGAGGGCAGAGGGCGGAGGGCGGAGCGUGGAGCGGAGGGUGGAGCGGAGGCGCAGCGGAGAAGGGGGGGAGGGGCUUCGGAUGAGUCACGCGGGCGGAGGGGAGGAGCGGAGGGCGGCGUCGGGGAAGUUGAGCUGAAGAGGAACGGAGCAUGCACGGAGGAGAGGAGCGGCGCUAGGAGGGGAGAGCGCAAGCAAAGGGCGGAACAGGGAGGGAAGGAGCACAGGGCGGGAGGGGAGAGCGCAGGUGGAAGGCGGAGGGCAGGGCGGGCGAAGUUGAGUGGAAGUGGAGCAGAGCGCGGGUGGAGGAGAGGAGCGGAGUGCAGAGGGGGGAUUGUGGGCGGAGGGCGGAGCGCGGAGGGGAGGGGCAAAGGGCAGAGGUGGGGGAGUGUGGACAAAGGGCAGAGGGCAGAGCAUGGAGCGUGGAGUGGAGCAGAGGGGGGAACGCAGGUGAAGGGCGGAGGAGGGAGUGCGGGCCGAGGGCGGACGGCGGAGCACGGAGGGGAGAAGUGGGGAGCAUGGGCGGAGGGCGGAGGGCGGAGAACGGAAGGGAGGAGGGGGGAGAGUGGGCAGAGGGCUGAGGGCGAAAGUCGGAGGGCAGAGGGGGGAGCGUGGAGUGUGGAGUGGAGAGGCGGAGGGCGGAGGGGAGGAGGGAUGGGGCGGGGGGAGGACCAGCCGAGAAGGGGGCAAAGGGCGGAGCACGGAGGGGAGAACCAGAGGGCGGGAGGGGAGAGCACAGGCGGAAGGCGGAUGGCAGGGCGGGCGAAGUUGAGUGGAAGUGGAGCAGAGCGCGGGUGGAGGAGAGGAGCAGAGCGCAAAGGGGGGAGUGUGGGCGGAGGGCAGAGUGCGGAGGAGAGGAGCAAAGGGCGGAGGAGGGGGAGGGCAGGCAAAGGGCGGAGGGCGGGAAGCAUGGAGGGGGGGAGCGGAUGGCUGGGAAGAGGGAUUGGGAGAGGAGCGGCGGAGCGGAGGGGGAAUGCGGGUGGAGAGGAGGAGCCGCGGGUGGAUGAGGAGCGCAGGCGGAGGGGAGGAGCGGAGCGCAGAGGGGAGAGCAUGGGUGGGAGGGCGGAUGGGAGGAGUGGAGCGCGGAGGGGGGAGUGUGGGUGGAAGGGCGGAGGGAGGAGCGGAGUGUGGAGGGAGGAGCAUGGGCGGAAGGACAGAGGGGAGGAGCACGGGUGGAAGGACAGAGGGGAGGAGCAGAGGGCGGAGGGGAAAGCAUGGGCGGAAGGGCGGAGGGGUAGUGCAGGCAGAGGGGGGAGCGUGGGUGGAAUGGUGGAGGGGAGGUGGUGAGGGCAAAGGGGGAGCAGGUCUUUUUUUUCUUCUAAUGUAUAACAUUUCGGAAGA